CCAAACGAAAGAAGUCACUAUCAAGCAGCGAGCCCUUAUUAGUUUAGUUUAGUAAAGUCAAGCUCCAAAAAACGAGAGAUUAACCUGCGGUGCGCUACGCCCGGCAACUCAUCAAGCAAUUUCUUUGCGCUUUCAUUUCAGUGAUGAGGUCGCAAAGAGGGAAGUAGGGCUCCUAUUGACUAAAGGUGGAUUCUUCGCUUUCCUUUAGAAUGAAAGUCGCUAUUCAGCCCCUACUACUGACUUUUGACUUUGUUUGAUUCAAAAGGCGAACAGCCCCCCCAACUAGUCGUAUGAGGUGGGGUGCUUGUGGUAAGCUGCUUUGGAUAUGAGGAAUUCCUAAAAAAAAGGCAAAGUCCGGUAUUUGACGAAGAUCUUUCGAUCAAUAGAUAGGAUUUCGUGUUCGAUAUAGGGGAUAGGAUCCAUCUGCUCUUUCUUUCUCAAUUUUUUUGAGAGAGAUAUAACGAUAUAAAAAUCAUUCGGGAGAUUCUAAAGAAUACAUAGACAUCUAAAGGGAUGUCUAUUCUAUUCCUUUUUUUUUUUUCAGUGCAAGACAGGAAAGCGCCCUCUUUUUGUCAACCCUGCAGCUUUCCAGAUUUUGUAUUGAACGCAUGGCGUAGCUAGGACCUUCAAAUCAUGUUUGAGCCUAUGUUCAAACCAAACAAACCCACCCCUAUUUGUUUGAGUUUGAAUAAGGCUAGAAAGAAUGCCCGCCAAGUUCAGAUAAGGAAAUGCUUCCCCCAACCAUUAAAGGUAAGGCUCGACGAGGAAGGAAAACGCUUUCGGAGAUUGCGAGAUUGGAUUUCUUUUUCAUAAAAAAUGAAGAAGGCCGAGGAUGGCCUACGGUGCGUGUUAUCUGAAGGGAACACGCUUUUUCGACCGCGGUGGUAUGAUUGCCGGGCCCUCUCCUCGUUCCGCCCGCUGGCCUAUUAGGUAGGAUAGCAGUCUUCGGGCUUUGCCUGCCCUUUCUCAUAAAGAAUUCCGGCUUGGCCCGGGAAAGCGCUGGCAACAACAGAAAGGAAGGGGUCCAUGUAGCUGCUGCACCCGCCCCUUUCUUAGUCAAUGGGGCAGCAGGUUCAAUAUCCACUAGAAAAGAGAGAACCCACUUCAGAUAACCACGCCUCUGCUAGGCAGCGUGUGGAAUGGCCGAGAGCGGACCUUUUUGGAUAUAUAAUCCAAGUCGAGAGUGGAGUUACGGAAACAGCCGUCUGAUGGAAAACGACUUUCACGUUCGGUUCAGAGAGCAAUUUUUUCGUUGAGAAUUCCCCGUUCCCUUUCGUGUGAAUUCCCCAGCGGCGAAUUCGAAACUUGUGGGGCCCUAUCUAUUCCAUCUCUCAAGCCCCGAAGAAAACCCCCCUCCCCUUCGGACUCCAUAUCUCUUUUGACUCUAUAUAUGUGGGCACCUGAUAUCUAUGAGGGUUCACCCACCCCGGUUACAGCAUUCCUUUCUAUUGCGCCUAAAAUCUCUAUUUUUGCUAAUAUUUCACGUGUUUCUAUUUAUGGUUCCUAUGGAGCUACAUUGCAACAAAUCUUCUUUUUCUGCAGCAUUGCUUCUUUGAUCUUAGGAGCAUUGGCCGCCAUGGCCCAAACGAAAGUCAAAAGACCUCUAGCUCAUAGUUCAAUUGGACAUGUAGGUUAUAUUCGUACAGGUUUCUCAUGUGGAACCAUAGAAGGAAUUCAAUCACUACUAAUUGGUAUCUUUAUUUAUGUAUUAAUGACGAUAGAUGCAUUCGCCAUAGUUUUAGCAUUACGGCAAACCCGUGUAAAAUAUAUAGCGGAUUUGGGCGCUCUAGCCAAAACGAAUCCUAUUUCGGCUAUUACCUUCUCCAUUACUAUGUUCUCAUACGCAGGAAUACCCCCGUUAGCCGGUUUUUGUAGCAAAUUCUAUUUGUUUUUCGCCGCUUUGGGUUGUGGGGCUUACUUCCUAGCCCCAGUGGGAGUAGUGACUAGCGUUAUAGGUCGUUGGGCGGCCGGAAGGUUGCCACGAGUAAGUCCGUUUGGGAGACCGAAGGCAGUUCUCCGUGCACCGGACAUGUAGCUUACCGAAUCAGUUGCGACACGGAUGGGAAUGCAUGCUCCGAAAGAUAGGGUCGAGUCUGAUACAUCAACCAUCUACUCAAUAUCCUUGUAUGAGUCCACAAUCACUACACGAGAUGAACCUUGGUUUGGUGAAUUGAAGUUGGCCUUAGGUGUAAUAGGACUCCCAGUUACUGCGCGCGAUCGUAUACUGAGGUGCUCCCCGCCGGUUGUUAGAACGACGCGAGCCGGGCCUUGAUUCAGAAAGAUGAAGGGCCAAAAAGUCGAAAUAGGGGGUUACUAAUUCCCCAUCUCAUUGGGGGCGGAAAACGAAUCGACAUCUCGAUGUGAGACAGCCUUUUCAAUUUGAGUUGGGAAAGAACGGCGAAGUCCAUCCGAACCGUCCAAUGAAGAAUAAGAAGAGAACAAAGCGCCAAUGGCGCACGAAGCGCAUGCGGAACGGACAUGGAUAAAAAAAAGUGUGGAGAAGAAGCAGCCGAGCUCAUUCCCUUCGCUUCCUGGGCCCAAAGCAGUGU